GUUGUCGUUUUGUUUUCAUUGCUAAUCAUUUUGCAUUUGGAAAAAGAGUUCAAAGGUUUUUAGUUGCAUCAGAUUAAAAGUAUGAAAGUGCAGGACCUGGACAAAUGUGCUCCCAGCAGCGACUGGAACGUACUUUACUGGGUGCUGGGAACGAUCCUGAUGCCGGUGGCCCUUCCAUUGGCUCUCUUCAACAUUUGGAAGCGACUUAAGGCACAAAAAUACCGGAAUCAACUGCCCGCCAAGGUGGUGCUUAUAACAGGUGCUAGUUCGGGUUUGGGUGAAUCUCUGGCCCACGUCUUCUACCGGGCUGGAUGCAAGGUGAUUUUGGCGGCACGACGAACUCAGGAAUUGGAGCGAGUUAAAAAGGAUCUUCUUGCACUGGAUGUGGACCCCGCAUAUCCACCCACUGUGUUGGCCCUUGAUCUGGCUGAAUUGAAUUCCAUUCCAGAGUUUGUCAGCCGUGUUUUGGCCGUUUAUAAUCAGGUGGACAUUCUGAUCAACAAUGGUGGAAUCAGUGUACGAGCGGAUGUGGCAUCCACAGCAGUGGAUGUGGAUCUCAAGGUGAUGGUGGUCAACUAUUUCGGCAGCGUGGCCCUAACUAAAGCUUUGCUUCCUUCGAUGGUAAAACGUGGUAGUGGCCACAUAUGCUUCGUUAGCUCUGUUCAGGGAAAAUUUGCAAUUCCCCAGAGGGCCGCCUAUUCUGCCUCGAAGCAUGCCAUGCAGGCUUUUGCCGAUUCUUUGCGAGCGGAAGUGGCCAACAAGAACAUAAACGUGUCCUGCGUGAGUCCCGGCUAUAUACGCACUCAGCUCUCACUAAAUGCUUUAACAGGAUCAGGAAGCAGCUAUGGAAAAAUGGACGAAACCACGGCUAAGGGCAUGUCCCCUGAUAAACUAGCAGAACGUAUUCUGCAAUGCAUUCUCCGCAAAGAACCCGAUAUAAUUGUCAGCGACGUUCAGGCAAAGAUUGCCUAUUACCUUCGUCAUCUUUGCCCAAGCCUUUACUUUUGGAUCAUGGCAAAGCGCGCCUCGAAGCUGGAGAAAGCUGAAAAGAAGUCCACUUAAAGUUAGUUCAUGUCACGUAGAACUUCCAUAAGUAUUAGUUUCGUUUUUAUUGUUAAUUGAAUUUUGCUUAAAAUGAGGAAAUUAUAAAGUAUCGCAUAUGUGUGUGUGUGUUCGGGUUAAAAAUUAGUUACACUCGUGUGUGUUAUUGCCUAACAAUAAGAUUAAUAAAUAAAGUAUUGUAGUAAUCGUAA